GGUGGGAUUAAGAUGGGCGUCGUGAAAUUCAUCCUACGCGCGUUAACUUCAAUGGGAUAUCAAACUCGUUUUAGUGUUCAACAAGCGGGGAGCCAUGGAAUUCCACAAAGUCGACGACGUUUAUUUAUUUGGGGUGCCAAGCGGAACUCCUAUUUACCUGACUUUCCUCAGCCCUCUACGUGUUUCUCCAAGCAAGGAUCUGUCAAUAUAUUGCUUCCAAACGGAAAUUCCUUUACAUAUAAUAAAUGCACUAAUGGGCAUGCACCAUUACCACCAGUGACCGUUUGGGAAGCAAUUGGAGAUCUGCCGGCCUUUGAAUUCAUUAAUCCACACAAAGUUUAUCCAGAGACUGAAGAGGACAGAGGACAGUUGCGUCCAUUUAAGCAGAUAAUGGUUCCAGAAAGAGGCUGGGUCGGAGAUAACGUCUCUGAAUAUAAAUUAAGCCCUUUAUCCGAAUAUCAGAGACAACUUCGCAAAGGAACUAACAUUCUUCAUAAUCAUGUAACUCGUGCUUUUAACAAUUUAACCGUUGAACGCAUAGUUCGAAUACCAAUGUUUCCUGGCGCCGACCACUCGAACCUUCCGGAAAAACUUAAACCUUGGUGUUUAAGUGAUCCUAAUUCGGCUGCUAGUCGGCACAAUGGAUGGAAAGGACUUUUUGGCCGUCUAGAUUUUGAUGGUCAUUUCCUCACGGCUCUAACGGACAUAAAUCCAAUGGGGAAAACGGGGACGGUAAUACAUCCAAACCAAAGAAGGAUAGUUACUGUGAGAGAAUGUGCUCGUGCACAAGGCUUUCCCGAUUGGUUUGUCUUUUAUUCCGACAGAGAUGAUACAAAGGAUAUGCACCGCCAAAUUGGCAAUGCGGUUCCCCCACCACUGGCCAAUGCUUUAGGUCGACAUUUGGUUAAAUCACUCUAUAAAAAGUAUGAUGACAACAAGAAAGCAAAGGGGAAAGAAAGAGCUAUAUAA